ACUCUACUGUCGGCAUCGACAACCAUACAUAGCUCAUCGGGCCAUAGCUGUACAUACGCGUUUGGACGCGUUCUUGGGAAUAUUUUCAUACCAUCUCAAGCUCAAGCUCAAGCUACACCCCGACCCUGAGCAACUACAAACGUGCAGUGCGAGCCCCACUCUACUAUCAUGUCGACCGUGGGCGGUCCCAAGACCACGGGGAAGGACUCGAAGAGGAUGACUAUGAGCUCUAUUCCAUCGAUAUCGUCCAAGAUUUCCACGCCAGGCAAUCGUCGUCUUUCCACCCCGGUAACAAGCUCGAAAACAACGCCGUUGUCUCCGUUGUCCCCAUCUCCGUUGGGCAUGAGCAUCAGUAAUGGUAGUCUGACCAGGCCAAAGGCGACCCCUUCGGUUGCAAGUAGACGGUCUGUGGUGCGACCUACGCCGUUGUAUGCCAGCAAGGCGCCACCUCACGACAAUGAACAUUCAACCUCGACGACAACUCCCACUCGACCCAGAAUCACCUCGAUGCUCUCCACUCCCCCUCGAACACGUGUUUUAUCCUCUGCUGUCAAACUUAGCCCACGGGUGCCCUCCGAAUCGAUCCAGUCUCCGUCAAUCAGCGUCAGCCAACAUAAUCCAGGGGUUGGACUAGGUUUGCCUGACAGCACCAACCUCACACCUAAAUCCUCUCCACAGCGUUCCCUGAGUGCACACGUUAUCACUUCUCCGACGAAGGGUACACCACCCGCACGUUCCUUAUCUGAAUUCACUCUGCCGACCGCCAAGUCCCAGUCGACACCUCCGUCUAAACAAACGACACCUAAAUCUCGUCGAACAACUAGUAUAGUUUCUCCACAUGUUCGCGAAGCAGAGAAGCCAAAGCUUCUCUCUGAAUCUCCUGCGAUCUUCGGAAAAUUGAACGGCGGCAAUAAUAACUCAGGAGAGAUAGAUGUGGGAGUGAGCAGCCCGGAGAACCACUUUUUUUCUGUGUCUGCGCCUUCUGGGAUUCCCUCUGUAUGGGGUGGAGAUGACGAUAUCUCAUUGGAUAUGAUUACAGAGGAUGCGGGCGAGCUGGGUGAAGCAGAUGAAGAUCUGCUUCCCCUUUUGACUCAAAUAUCGACCCUUCACUCCCAGAAGAUCACGUCGUACAAGAGGCUUCUCGAACGUGCUCAGUUAUCGUCCGCCGCUCAACUUCAUGCGCUACAAGCCGAGAUACACAUGCUUCGUCAACAACUGCAAUCACGCGGGCAACAACCACAGAAUACUCUGGAGAUUGAUGUGUUGUGCUCGAAUUGCAGUGCUACCAACAGGGGUUAUUGGGGUGGCUUGCGUCAGGAUUUAGACGAGGUUGGAGGGGAGGUGGACGGUACCGAUGAACUCCUGAAAGCAUUGAAUGGGCAAAAGGGACCCAACGGAAAGUGGGGUUUCGAUGAGAAAGCCGUAAGGAGGGUUGUGAAGAGAAUGGGAAGAGAGGCGAGAGGUCGGCUCAUUUCGAUCAUUGUAGAUGCUUCCCAUCCAGGCGAUAUUCCUCUCCAAAUUUUGCUACUCCAGAAAUAUCUCAAAUCCACUUAUGACAUCCUCGGAAACCUUGCAACCAAUUUAGCUUUACGGGUCCUCAAAGAGUUCACCGUAAGUGAGGUCGUCAAGUUAGCUAGAGUCAGUAAGACUUGGUACGAAGUCGUUCAUCAUCCUUCUCUGUGGCGAUAUUACUCUAUCUGCCUCACCUCUACCGACCCAGUACCACUGCAGCCACCGCCAACGCCCCAGGGCUGGUUCCCGUUAUACAAAUCCUUGCAUCACCUCCAAUCCAAUUUGGCGCAUGCGUUACCGCAAAGGAUUGCCUUCCUCAAUGGUCAUACCAAUUUUGUCACUGUUCUGAUGUUGAGAGGGAGACGACUCGUUAGUGGAAGUUACGACGAGAGUAUCCGAUUCUGGGAAUUACCUGAAAGACAAGAAGUUGGUGUUGGACUGGGUAAGAAUGGUAUGGCGGAGUGCAAGAAGGUUUUAAAGGUCGGUAAAGUAGUCAGUUGUUUGGAUUGGUUGAUUGAUGAAGAAGUGUUUGUUGUCGGUUUUCACGAUGUUGGUCGAGUACACCUUUACUCUUCCCUCACGUAUACUCUCCUCCAGCAGCUAUCAGGUCAUCUGAACGGCAUCAGGGCCGUCGCUCUCAGCUCAAAGAACUUGGUCUCUGCGGGUGCGGAUAAAGCGCUGGUAUGCUGGGAUUGGCGCGCCGGACAGAAGAUAGUCCGGUUCGGUCAGCAAACCACGAUCAACAUUGGUGUGCAGAUAAUUGCAGGUGCUACGAGGGAAGAAGGCGAACGAGUGGUCAGUGUUACGAUUGAUGGAGUGGUCAGAGUGUUUAGUAUCGAGCGUCGCGAAAUGAUUUCUCAGUUUAAAUUGUCGGAACUCGGAGGUAGCGACCCAAUUCUGAAUUCCAGAUUACUCAAUGUUGGCACAGCCCCGAACAAUAUGCUUCAAUGGUUUGCCGCCAAAGGAACUCAAAUGACGUGUGCCACUAAAUCUGUCAUCCUUCAUCUGCAAUGGCAAGAGGAAACAUCCUCUGAACAAGCUAGCAAUGGAACCAAGUCUAACUCUGGCGCAAACACGCCGAUCACUUCAACUCGUCCACCCAUCCGUCCUCGUACUUCCUCUUCUCUCGCCAAAUCAACCUCUUCAAUUCCAAGUGCACCUUCCAGACGUUCCUCUUUAUUUGCUUCUCCCGGGGCAAAUAGUGGAAGUGGCUCUAGCCCUAGUGUGGCCAGUAAAGGUCGCGUCAGUCGCGCCAAAACACCCACCACGCCCAUUAGCCCGAGUUCGACAUUAUCACCUACAUUAACAAGUUCAUCCAUCGCUGCACCCUCACCGUUGUUUCCAAUCCAUUUUGGUCGUGCAGCAAUCUUGACUGCGCCACCUAAGCUGAUAGCGAUAGUGGAGACACCUGAUGUUGCUAUCGGUGCGGUCGACCCACAGAAAAAGAGAGUUGUAACCGCAACGAGGUUCAGUUCCAGAGCGGGUGCGGACAGAAGAAUUCUGAUGUCCAUCCAUGAAGAGAAGCUCAAACCCCUCCGAGACUCGGACGCAGACCCAAAAGACGAGGAUUUAGAGGAAAUGCUUACUCCUUCCGUUGACAUCGACACGAAUGUGACUACUGUAACAGGUGCAUGGGCAGCACUUGCCGAUCAUGCUAGCAGUGAGACGGGGGUGAAAGGCCUGAUUGGUCGUUUACCUCCCAAAUUUCAGGGUUUAGCUACACCCGAAAAGAACCCAAUGUCAAUGCAAUUAAGUCAUGAGGAGGUCGUGGUAGGCUGCGCAGAUGGAACUAUUUAUGUCAUGAACUUUGUAGGCUAUGAAUAUCUACGGGCGUUGUCGAAAAAACUUGAAGAUGAAGAAAUACAGGAGGACGAGGAGGGAGACGGAAUACUAGACGAUGAAGACGCAGAAUAUUAGUCAGAUCUCUAUGCUAUCGUGUUUUCGGAAUCAUACCCGUGCAUUCUGCAAUCACUAUGGGUUGUGUUUAAUGGGAGGGGAGAGCGAAUUCGCGCUCGGAAAUACCAACACGUCUUCUGAAUGCCAAUCGACCCUUCAAGAGGCCAAUUUAACGGUACCACUAGCUUUUAAUGGGCAAAUAAUACAAUACAACAUACUUAUUGAUAUCAUGUUAGAUACAGAGCGAGGAAAACGCAACACACAUAACUUAGCUUGAGCCAAGGUGCCCAUAAUAGAUAUGAUCUUCGAUUC